AUGGCAGUCUCGCUGCAGGACCUCACMGUCUCAGAUGUCGCCGGUAUCAUCGCUGCAGCCAUUGCAGUCGUUCAAGUUUUUAACCCAGUCGCUCUACCCGUGAUUUUGCUCGGAUUUCUCAAAAGCUCCACGGCUACGUUGUCCGCUGUCACCUGGUCUGUCCUUGCACGAGAAUUACACUCUUCCUAUUGGCCGACUAUCCUGAGGACGGACUCGUCGGCGACAUCUGACGUAUACAGACCAGUGGUGGUCAUUUCAUGGCUGAGGACUGGCGCCAAAAUUCUGGCCGCCGUUGCUGCUGUAGUGACCCCUCUAGGUUUAUACGAAGAUAUUGUCCCUCAAUCUCCAGAAUCGGCACAAUUUCAUUAUAUCAAGGACAAGUCUCUUUUUGGUGAAGGGACGCCACCACGGGAUGCCGAACUCCGAUUUAGCCGGGCCUGUGGAGGUUGGGCCCCCGUCGCAUGUCCAAAUUCCUACGCAAAUAUCACUACGAUCGAAAAUGCUACCAGUGCGACCGUAAUCGGAGAUUGGUACGACACUCACGUUCCGCAGUAUGUGAUUGACUCGUUUCAGAGUGGUCUUUCCCUCAUGGAGCCUUCAGUUUCGAGCAUCUUUGAUAUUCAGUCACGCUACUUGACUUGGUCGCAAAUGAUUCAAGGCGGAGAUAUGGUCACGGUCGACAAUAACACAGCACAUCCAGUAAGCUUAUUCCGACCAAUUAGCUCCCUUAUUGCAGAGGGAGGUAUUCAACUGGCAGAAGGCCUGGUAAUCGAUCUACAAGAAGGGGGUAUCGGCUUUCGCAAUCAUACAGCGCCGCGGUGGCAGCCUUACGGGAGCGAGUGGGCAGAGGACUUGCUCUUCGUGCAACCGGAGACGCAGUGUGUCGACCUUAACAUAACCAUAGACUAUGACGUGGCUAAAAGCUAUUCCCUUGGUGGUGGCGGAUAUCAAAACCUCGUUCUCACCGAUCGUGGCGGAUUCGCGCACCUUCCGGCCGACUUUUCUCCUUUAGAUUGGACCAUAACUAACAGUCAGCAGAACCCGGAACUCUUUGAGCGGGCAUAUACUGGCGCAUGGGUCAAUAACUUUGUGUCGAUGAUCUUUCUCAAUGUUACUGAACCCGGUAAUCACACCAAACCAGGAACAGCAUUUAGAUAUCUAGAUUCCUCUGUGGGCAAAACGUUCCCUCUACUGCGGAAUGGGACUACAUGGAGCUUCCCGUUCGCCUCCAUUCCGAGCUUGACUAUUACAGCUUCAUACGGGAAUUACCUGCAAGACACAGACAUUCCUUACACUGGAGUUAACAUGAACGGCACUAAUUACACCGAUUUAGGCAACUUAGCAGACUCCCAACCUGCACUGCAACCAAAUCCCUUUCAUAUUGAUCACCAUAACUUCACGUCUGCAGGUGUUCUAUGUGGCAGGUCAACUAAGUUUGACUACGCCAAUAUAAGCAAUCUCGCUACAGGGUGUGGAUUAGUCUACGGUGUUCCGCAGCGCCAAACGCCAGGGAACCCUUUGCUAUUUCAAGAACCCGGUUCAUACUGGUCCAUUCCCCUGUAUUCAUGCACAACCGGCAUAAAGGCCUGGAUCAAGACUGUGUCCUUCAAAUUCAACGGCACAGACGAUCUGUCCGGUUUAAAGGUCACAAAUAUCACUGCAAAGACAUAUCAAGACGACUCCUCCAAGCCACUGUGGGGUGUCGAAAAUACGGGCUUGACUUUACGUGAUGUUUCUCCGCUCUGGGGGUUGGUGUUGCCAGAAACUGCCAGCCAAUUGAAUGUUUCCACUCUUCGACAGGAACACUUAUGGCUGCCAGGUAGUGGCGAACUAGGCACAUUCUCAACAUUACCAAAUGGCGACAAUCUUCCGGGAAUAGAGUUCUAUAAGAAUGUCCUUGCAGGGACAUACGAUGUCCCAGUGGGCGGCAGCAGUUUUGAUUACUCUGGUGCAGCCAACUAUGCACUUUUGCAGCGAUGGGGACAACUAUCACGAACGGCAGGAGGAACGGCGCGGAUUUUGAACCUGAUUUGGACGGAUCUUGCGGCUAAUCACGUUCUGGGAACGAGAGGUUUGACCACACCCGCCUCUGAAGAUACGAGUAUACCGGAGAUCCCGGUGAUAUUUUACGGGAGCAGAGUGCGGUACCAUGUGGUGUACGGAAUUCCUGCAUUUAUACUUCUUGGGCUGACAGCAUUCGUCUGUAUCUUUACUGUCGGAUCCAUUUUUGUGCAGGGCUCUGGACCGCAGAGGAUGCGUAGCUUCUUGAGCGAAACUUCUCCAGGGCGCAUAUUUACGUCACUUGAUUCGGAUUCUGGAAUCUUUGCUAUCUCUCCGAAACCGACUCCUAAAUGGAUUCAGGAGGAAGGUAAACGUUCCAUCACUGUUAAGGAACAAGAAGACGAGCAGCCGACCCAACAGAAAGAUGAUGCUCCGAGCCAGCAGGACCGAUUACUCCAUAACGAAGAUGAGAGUUAG